CUUGGUAUCGAGUUGAACUUUCCUCCAGCAAUUCAGCCAUCUUUGCAAAAUUGUAUCUCUGGCGAGAUGGGUAGCGAAGAGCCAGAAGUUAAGUAUGGAGUCGGUGCAUAUCUUACUGAAAUGGACCAUCAUCCAGGCGACGAUGCUAUGUUAAAGGGUUUUCAGGUUGGCGCCCAAACAGCCUUUUUUGGUGGUAUAUAUGGAUCAGCUGUUGCAGCCCUCUUCCCCCCUCCAGCUGGCUCUCAGCCCCUACUUUAUGCUCUUAGGCUAGUUGGCAUCAAUGCUGCCUUUUAUGGUGGAGUUGGUGCUACUUUUGCAGUGGUCACAACCUUGGCAACAAAUAUCAGAGAUAAAGAUGACUACAAAAGCUGGGCGAUUGGUGGUGCUGCUGCUGGGUCACUGCUAGGUUUUCGAUAUCGUGGUAUUGCAACAGGAGGUAAAUUUGCAUUUGGACUAGGAUUACUUGCAGCUGUUGUCAAAUACACUAGUGUCUACAGAGAACCAUUCCAUGAUCCAUCUGCAUUUUUCAAGACACCUAGAGAGGACUCACAAAGUUAAGUAGAUGCUCUGAUUAAUGUGUGUAUAAAUUGUUUGCUUAUAAGAUUUUGUCGUAAAAUGUUGUCUGAUAUGGAAUUAUUAAAACACUGCAAAAUGAC